AUGUCUGGAAACGGCGAUUCUUCAAGCAAGCAUCGCCCGUUUGGAAAGCCAGCUCCAUCCAAGACCAUAGGAAACGGCUUCAAUCACAGUUCAACAAGACCGGGAAUGUUUGGUGGUGUGUCCAAAUCAACAAGUUCAGUAUUUUCCAAUUCUAAUGGUCACAAAGUUGAUAAAACCAUCAAAAGACUGCCUGUAGUCUAUACUGCUUCCGGGAAACCAUCUGUUGUGAGUACGAGCAGUGGGUUGACUUUGAGUGUGCCGAAGAAAAAUGUGGAUGAGCGUGCCAGUAAGACGGAUGUGAUAGACACAGAAGAAACCUCACAGCAGAAAGAAGAGAGUAAGGAACCUCUCAAAGAAGAACCCAAGGAAGGUCUCAAGGAAGAACCGAAGGAAGAUACCACAGAAGAGCCCACAGAAGAGCACAAAGAAGAGCCCAAAGAAGAGCCCAAAGACCACAAGAGUGAACCUAAGGAGCAAAGCAAGGAUGAUAAGGAGGCGAAAGGUGAUCCAGAACUAGCACCGACCAAACCAAAGGAGACUACAGUGGAGCACAAACCAGAUUUGAAGUCAAGUGUGCCGCCUGCGCCUGAGAGAUCGUCUUCGCCGGUGAAAACCUCAAGAAAGAGAGCGCCAAAGGUUGAAACCGAGUCAGAAGCCGAAACAGAUAUUGAAGACGUGAUCCCGGUUCCAUCCCGUGCAGGACGUCGUCUGGUGAGAAGGCUUGAGGAAGAGCGGAACUCCAGGGCAGAUAACUCUGGAAGAGAACUUUCAGAAUCUGAGUCAGAAAAUGGCCGUUCCAAGUCUAUUGAUGUGAAAAAGAGAGAUCAGAAGAUGUCGAGAUCUUCAUCGCCCAACAGAUCCAGGAAGGUUUCAAAGGGAGGAAGAGACUCGGGUGGUCGUUCGAGACUCCAGCGUGCUUGUGAAAAGGGCAAGUAUGAGGAAGUGGUCGAGCUCAUAGAGGCAGGAGCUGACGUAAAUGACAGUGACAAUGCAGGAACCACGUGCUUACAAGAGGCUGCUCUCAAUGGUCAUGUGGAGAUUGCCAGGUUGCUGCUCGAUAACGGUGCUGAUGUGGACAAGCAGAGCGGGCCUUUUGAUAAGGACACUGCGCUAAUAGAUGCUGCUGCCAAUAAUCACCUAGACAUAGUAAAGCUAUUGAUCGAAAGAGGUGCGGAUCCAACCAUCACUAAUGUGGCGGGCCAAACUGCAUUCGAUGCAAUUGAAGAUCCCGAGGAUGAAGAAUCUGUUCAGAUCAGAGACUUCUUGAUCGAGUACACCAGAAAGUUUCGUGAAAUGAACAGAACCACAGAUCACCCCGCUGAAGUUGAAGAAGAGGUUUCUCGCAAGAAGCCCAGUUUUAGAAGGGACCCCUUGCUGGUGGAUUUCACCACAAAGGAGGGACGCCAGGAGAUCUUCCAGAGGGCAGCAGCAGGUGAUGAGGCCUUUGUGGGUAAUUAUCUUUCCAACGGUGGAAAGCCGCAUACGGAAGCUUUGAGUGCAGCAGCUUUACAUGGCCACACAGACAUUGCAAGUCUUUUGUUAGCCUUUGGUGCCAAGAUAGAUACACCUAAUUCAGAUGGUGUUACUCCCCUCAUGUUCACCGUGGGUCGUGGUCACCGCAAAACAGCCGAGCUAUUACUUUCAAACGGUGCAAAUCCAACUAUUGUUGAUUCAAAAGGACGAUCUGUCCUCGAUGCUGCAAUUCAAGGACCGCUAGCGGACGAAGAAGAGAUAAAGGUGAUACGUACGAGCAUUGAAAAUUGGAAGGGACCCAAGGGUAGUGACGCUUCUGUGGAUUACAAAGCUAAGAAAAGAAAGUCUUCGAUGUCGAAGCCCAAACCAGAGAAAGCUGAUAUUGAAACUAGGAAGGCUACGAAGGAACCAAAGAAGAAGAAGGUCAAGAUUGUCCAGAAAUCUGAGGAGCCUGUGGAGCCAGCUCCCAGGGCAAAGUCUCCCGUUAGAACAUCCAAAGGUGAGGUUCUAAGAGAAACUACUCCUGUUUCCAUGCCUGCCCCAAGUGUCAUCCUAGCUCAACCUCCUGCUCCAAUUCCAGUUCCAGUGCCAGUAGCUUUGACGCCCGAAGAAGAGGAGGCCAAAAAAGCCAAAGAGAGAGAGCUGCAAAGACAGCGUGAAGCCUAUGAGCUACAGAGGCAAGAGAGGAUCAAGGCCAAGCAGAUGCAAAUAAUGAGCAGCAUCACGCAAUCUGAAAGGCGAAGAGAGGAGGAGAAGAAGAAAGCCGAGAUCAUGGAGCAGCAACGGCUGGAACUACAAAAAGCCGAAGAACAGAAGAAGGCGAGAGAAGCAGAAGAGCAGAAAAAGCAUGACGAAAUCCGCAAGGAAAUGGACAGAAAGAAACAAAUCCGAUCGCUAUAUCCAGGUGGUCUUGCUGCUGCUACCUUCCAGACCAGAACUACUCAGGAAGUCCUUCAAUAUCUGCCUCUCUAUAUUGUGGAGAUGGAUGGAAACAGGUGGUGUCUCGAUAUCCAGGUGAACCUAGUUCUGGGGGUCGAACGUCUCUACAAGAGGUUUCCCUCGUGGGAAAAGGUACCUGUUACUGAUGAUUACAAGAUCAGAAUGUGGAGAUUUUUAUCUCCUAUGCUUGGAACCCAGAGUGGAACCAAGUUUGGUGAACAAAUCAGAGAUUUGCAGACGGUUUAUUCCGAAGACGAGAGCAAGUUUCUGAUGUUGAUGCUGCAUUGGGUGAAGUUGGAGGAUGUGGCCAAGGCAAUUGAGUCUGAUUUCCCCGAGGUUGCGAAAGCGUUUGCUCAAGUGGGGACUUGUGAACUUGAUAUUGGCGUGCACAUACCUCCCUCUUCAUCUUCGCUAAGCUCUGCCGCUAUGCCUUCGCAGGGCAGUGAUCUUCUGGUCACCAACCCCUCAGACUACACUAAGAUUCCCCGAGCUUUUAGAGGUCGCUCUAAAGCGAUGAAAUUGCUAGGCAGAAAUCAGGAUUUUUUCCCAAAGGCCAACGUUGAAUAA